AUGGAGGAUGACAGUGACCUUAAGCAGAGCUCCUGGGCUAAUUUACCUGAUGUCUGUCUGAGGCAUGUCUUCUAUUGGUUAGAUGACAAGGACAGAUCUCAAGCUGCAUUGGUCUGUAAAAAAUGGAAUCAAGCCAUGUACUCAGGAUCCCUCUGGAGAACCAGAACCAUCACAUUCAAUGGCCAACCAUCAAGGGCACAUGCAUUUGAAUAUGAAACUGCACUAUGGUACGUCAAGAAAUUUGGCAAAUAUUUGGAACACCUCGAAAUCAAGCUAUUGCAACCUUACAGUACUGUCUUUACCCGAAAAUUUCAAGUGUCUAUGAGAAGCCUUUUCUCACAGUUGGGUAAAUGUAACUGUCGCCUGCUAUCCUUGAGCAUCAAGCACCUGGAAUUAGAUCGCUUGGUCUGGAAAAACAUAGUCAGGGCUCAGUUUAUCAAGAACUUAGGUACUUUUCUGAAAAGAAUGAGCAAACAGCUUAAUUAUCUCAACUUAAAAGGAGCAAGAGUAACCUUGGAAGAAGGCUGUGAGCUUCUGAAUUCUCUGAGCUACCUGACUAAUAAAAGCUUUAUAUCUGAAAUAAACAUUGAAGAUUUCUUCAGUCUCCAUCUUCCUGUCUACAGCAGCACCUUGUUCCACCAUACUGUGUCCAAGUUCCACAGCCUGGUUAUCCUGACUUUCAAUUAUAACUGUGUUUCUGAUGAACUGCUGGACAAUCUCUGUAAGAACAGUGCUCAUUCCCUGUGCACCUUGAAUAUCAAAUGUCAUAUCCAUGACCCCCAUGGGCAAGUGGUCCAGGGAAUGUCAUGGGCCAACUUGGCCAAAAGAGCCUCAAAAUUGAAUGUGAACUUCUACUUUGAAAGAGUCAUGAAACAUGACCAUCUAGCCAGGAUCCUGCUAGUGGAGAUACCAGUUAGGAGCAUCAGUUUACGGAGCUGCUAUUUCAGAAACCCAGACUGGAUGAUGAGACCUACUCUCACCAACAUCCUCCCAGCCUACUGGCAUGUGCUGCAGAAAUUAACCCUUGAAGUAAACAAUGACAAUGAGCUGCUGGAUGAUGAGCUGCUACAGCUUAUCUUAUCAUGCAGGAGAUUGUUUUUUCUGAAAGUCUGGGCAUUUCUUAGUGUUACUUUUGUGGAGAGGUUGCUACAGAAUCGUGCAGAAAGGAAAUGCUUUUUGACUACAAUAAAGGUCAGGAUUUACACAUCCCGACAGGAGACCAGUGAAGAGAAACAGCUGUUGCACAAUAUUUACAAGAAGUUUAAAAAUCUGAUUGACUCAGAGCUUAACUAUUUUGUCAUCAUCUAUCCACUGGAGUAAAGCCACAAGGAGUUACAUCUGCAAAUGAUGAACAAAUCCUUUGGAGGGCAUUAAUAGGAGAACUGAAUCUUGUCAGCAUCCCUCUGAAAGGGAGAUACCAUCGUAUGCAAAGGACAAUUUUACUAUGCCCUGGAUUAAAGUGUUGGACUUGGCAACCAGCCUCUUAUGUCUCCAGUAUCACUUAUUCUUGCCGUUUUUUUGUUUUUCCUCACCAGAACCAGAAGCAGCAGUGAGCUUUUUCCUCAGCCUUCGUUGGCACCUCUAGUAAAAAUAAGACCCUCUUCUUCAUUCAGCACUUCCCCUUGUAGAGUUUCAAACAGCUUACCAGUGAGGCCCAUCUGUUUGUUCCCAUUUUACAAAUAGGAAAACUGAGACAUGGAGUAAGGAAACGAUUAGCCCAAAAUCAGCCUUGGCUUCAUCUUGAUUCAGAUGCAGUCAGGCACUCCAUUCCACCGCAUCAUCAUUCCCUAGUUCCUGUUGAGUUUAAUAACGCACUCUCUGCCCAGUUCUUAACAGCAGAUGUUAAGAAGAAAAAAAACAUACCGCAGCUAAUCCUGGCAGUCAACACUCCCACUUGACCAGCUUACCAGUGUCUUGUGAGAGAACUGCUCUAGCUUCCACAACUUCUACACCUCUCAAUGGCAAAAAAUAUCAU